AUGCGUCUCGCUACGUUUGUCAUGAUACUUUUGGUCGGAUUUCUGGUACCGGUUUGUGAUGCUCAAUCGAACUGCUUACCAAGUGGAAUCUGGGGAGAGUGGGCAGCGUGGCAUCCGUGUCCUGCGAAUCCAAACACCGUAUUGAAUUUCAAGUGGCGAAAAAGGUAUUGUUUGCGUCAACCGCCAGGAUGCAUAGCAACAUCACAGUACACAUGUUUGUGA